AUGGACAUCCAUGAUGGUAAUAUAGUGCAAUUCACCAGAGGUGGACUUUAUUUCUAUUAUGGCGUCGGUUAUGGUGAAUGUCACUCUAAAAUGAAUUUUGGUUGUGCAGGUGAAUUCUUGCUAGGUGAUUGUGGCUUCCGUACCAAUCAUACGAUCAGCCUAUAUACAUCGCCUGAUCUUAGCCGAUGGACGUUUGUACGUGACAUUCUACCAUGGAACGGUGGCCGCCCGUUAGGUAUCUACUACCGACCAAAAGUUAUUUAUAAUCAAUUUACACAACUUUACGUGCUGUGGGUUAAUCGUGUAUUGCGUAGUGGUCCAUUCGAUGCACCCAACUUUCUCGAUGCUUCGUAUGUCGUAGCUACGUCAUCAACACCCUAUGGUCCGUUUACUGUCAUUAAGACAAAAGUGCAGACACUCGCCUAUGACAACCCAGGCGAUUUCUCUCUUUUUGUUGACGACAACAACGGAAAUGAAAUACCCAAGGCUUAUAUUGCCUACGAUGCUUUCGACAAUUUGCAUCGUAUUCAAAUUGAACAGCUCACACUUGACUACACUGAUUCACUUGGCAAAGCAGUUACCACUGGUCCGCUGACACCAGUCAAUAAUGAGGCACCAAUCUUAUUCAAACGUUAUGAUUACUACUAUUUAUUAUUUGGUGAAUGCUGUUGUUUCUGUCGAUCAGGUAGCAACUCGCGCGUGUUUGCUAGCUCUCAUCCUCUUGGUCCAUGGAGAGAUACAAAGUACGAUAUCGAUCCAGUCAAAGAGGAUAUUGUUAAUGGCACGCGACGACGACGAUCGAUUUCUGGCGGACAAGAAAGUUUCAUUGUACGAGCACAGCAAAGCAAUUCCACUACGGCGUUGCUUUUUGUUAGCGAUCGUUGGGGUACUGGCAUACACAUGUCUGAUGAUAAACAAUACUGGCAACCACUAUUAUUCAACGACACUCAAAUACCACCACGCAUUCAACAACUUCAAUGGACUGAUCAAUUCACGCUUGAUCUUGCCGUGUCUAUGACUGCAACUUAG